AUGUUGACCGUCAUUGCUGCCGUUCGUGACCCAGCGCACUUAACCGCCAAGGAACUCGCUAGGUUGUCGACAGGCGAAGACAGUCAUGUCAUCGUAGUCAAGUACGAUGCCAGUAUCGAGCAGUCAGCAUUUGGUUCCGUGAAAGAAACCACUAGUCAUGGUAUUGAUCAUCUUGAUAUUGUCGUUGCCAAUGCGGGAAUUUCCAAGGUCUACCCUUUGGUCAAGGAUGUCAAGCAAACUGACAUUAUCGAACAGAUUGAGGUCAAUGUGUUGGACCCUGUAUCGCUGUACCAAGCCACACGCGAUCUGCUACAGAAAUCGACCACAAAUCCCGUUUAUGCUAUCAUGGGAUCCAGCGCUGGAUCUUUAGGACGUCAGCCUCCCGUCCCUAAUGCUGCAUACGCUGCCUCCAGGUAG